AUGCCUAGUGAGAGAAGAGGAAAUGAGGAGCUGCAGUCUGCUCCGACAUGGGCUGUUCUUAAGAAUGUUCCUCCUCAGUUAUAUUCCUUGAAAGGUAUCAGCGUCAUAGCAAGUGGGAUUGGUGAACCCCUCCACACUGAGAAGUCUAGGCUUGAUCCGAUCAACAUUGGAACCACUAAAGUGAAGGUCGUCAUCAAGUUGGAUUCUACCCUUCCUUCCACGGUUGUGGUCAGAGAUGUCCAAGGUAACUCUGCCCGUGUUGAUGUUGAUUAUCCAAGGCCGCCUCCGAAGUGUUUAAAUUGUGGUAAGUAUGGGCAUUUGCUGAGUCGUUGUCCACAGCCAUUGAUGAAAAAGCUGCCCUUUAAGAAAGAUACUCCAGCUGGAUCAAAGGAGGUGGUUCAUCCUUCCCUCUCUCUCCAUGACUCAGGGGCUGCUGAUUCUGGAUGCUCUCAGGAGAAGCUCACAGUUAGUGAUGCUGCUUUCUCAAAAUUGAGAAGAAGACGUUCUAGAUCCAAGAAGAGGUCCUUGAGUUCUCCUCCUAGGAUUGUGGACCCUCUGUCUUCUGCAAAUGCUGAGGAUUCUUCUUUAAAGAAGCCAGUGGAUAGGAAGCUGAGGGUGGUUAAACCUGUUGGUGCUGUUGUCGCGCCUUCAACUAAUUCUAUCCCUCGCAUUGUUAAUGAACCUGUCCUUGUUCAGUCUACUGGGAAUUCUGUUAAGUCGAAGAGGGACUCUAUCACGUCUCCGGAUCCUGACUUUCCCAUUCCUCCGGGUUGGGCAGUUAUGUCUACUAAGGCCAAGAAGAAAGAACUAAAGAAGUGGCAUAAUCGCAUCCGUUCUGCGUUGUCUGGAGCUCAUGGCAUCGUUCGAGGCGAGUCCUCGAGCGGUUCCCUGCCUCAUUGAAAGCCUGGCUUUUG